AUGGACAGGAGCAGUCCUCGUACUCAGCAGAACCUUUCUCGUCAGUCAUCCAAGUCAAACAUGGGAGUCAAGAAAGAGUCAGUUGCUAGCCCUCUCCCCAGUGGAUGCUGUCGGGGCCUUAACAGCGUUAGGACUGUCUCAUCCACCGCACCAACUUUGCAACACCAGCAGCGUUAUGAAAGAUUAGAAGUAAAGGUGGCAGGUUUAGAAAAAGAGGUUCAAAGACAGACAGAACUGAGAGUGAUGUAUAGGAAAAGAAUGGAAAGGACCCAAGAUUACUUAAAAUACUGUCUCCAAGUAGCACAGGAGAAUGGAAUCUUGGACCUCAUUGUCCAUUCCAAAGGUGAACUUCCACAAUCUCCCCUCUCUCUACAUACCAUCAACUCCAAUACUUUCACUCCUUCGCACCACCACCCCAAUCUAACCACCAUCACUGAACAAGCCAAAAUCAAUGGAUGGUAUAUUGACCCAAGUGAGAUUGAGUUGGGAGAAAAAGUAGGGAAGGGAACGACGGCAGAAAUUCAUAGAGGGACAUGGCGCGGAUAUGACGUGGCGGUGAAGUGCAUGUCGGAGUCAUUCUUCCACAAAAACGCAAACGGCGUCGUAUUCUUUGCUCAGGAGCUUGAAACCCUGUCGAAACAGCGGCACCGGUUUGUGCUACAACUGAUGGGCGCGUGCCUGGAGCCUCCGCGUCAUGCAUGGGUGGUUACCGAGUAUCUGAAGUCCACGCUCAAGGAGUGGCUACAUGGGCCGGGCAAAAGGCCCAGAGACAGAAGCGUGCCACUUCCUCCCUUCAAGGACAGACUCAUGCGGGCCUUGGAAAUAGCCCAAGCCAUGCAGUAUCUCCACGAGCAAAACCCCAAAGUCAUCCAUCGCGACUUGAAGCCCAGUAACAUCUUCUUGGACGAUGCCUUGCAUGUUAGGGUCGCCGAUUUUGGACAUGCGCGCUUCUUGGGUGAUGGCGAAAUGGCUCUCACCGGAGAAACAGGAACAUACGUGUAUAUGGCACCGGAGGUAAUACGAUGUGAGCCCUAUAAUGAAAAAUGUGAUGUAUACAGUUUUGGAAUCAUACUCAACGAGCUACUUACUGGGAAAUACCCUUAUAUUGAGACACAAUUUGGUCCUGCCAAGAUUGCUAUGGAAGUUGUGGAGGGGAAGCUAAGGCCUGUGCUUCCAUCAAAGGAGGAUGGUGACGAAGUGGGAGAGCUGAUUGACCUAAUAUGCCUUUGUUGGGAUGCAAAUCCAUCCACUCGACCAUCUUUCGUAACAAUUAACCAUAGUCUCAAAUCAUAUGUCAAGAGGGUUCUUAAAAAUUUAGAUUAG